UUCGGCGCAAUUAUUCGAGCGAACAGUCAUUUGGUGUCAACUUUUGGUUCAGUUUUGCAAACAAUUGUCUCAAUUGUGUCCACAAUUGGCCACAAAAUAUGUCGAAGAAAAAGGGAUUGAGUUUCGAGGAGAAGAGGACACGAAUGCUGGAACUGUUCCACGAAAAGAAGGAACCGUUUCUACUGAAAGAGUUGGAGAAAUUGGGACCAAAGCUGAAGGGAGUUGUGAUGCAAUCCGUCAAAGAGAUUGUGCAGUCAUUAGUGGCCGACGAUUUGGUAGAGACCGACAAAAUCGGUUCCUCCACUUACUUCUGGUCGUUUCCAUCCAAAGCACUCAAUUCGGUGACCACUCCAACCAUUGCUGCCAUUCUACGCCUCGAGUUCUUUCACCUCCAGAGCCGCCGCCUCCGGCUCCGGUCCCUAUUCCGGCUCAAAGAGCUGCGCGCACUCACGGCUAAGCGCGACGCUGAAUUCCAGGCAGACCUUCGCGAGUUUCUAACGCUAGACAACGUAUUUCUGGUGAAGUCGUGGUGUAAAGAGAAGUUCAAUCUCGAGGACGCGGAACUCAAUAAGCAGUUCGAUAUCCCCGAAGACUUUGAUUAUCCCGAAUGA